AUGGAAGAUUUUGCAGAUAAGGUUGCACAACUUUGUUUAGAAAAAUACAAUAAACUUGGUAAGAAUGGUAAACCAUCACAAAAAGAAUGGACUGUAUUAUCAGGUAUAGUAUUAUUAAAAAAGGAUGGUACACUUUCCCUAGUAGCUCUUGCUACAGGGACAAAAUGCUUAGGAAAAAUAGAUUUAAUGAAUACAAAAUUAUAUGAAGAAGGAUGUAGAUUAAGUGACUCACAUGCAGAAAUUCUCGUCAGACGUGCCUUCUUAAGAUAUUUAUAUGAACAAAUUGAUUUUUUACUCAAUGGUGUUAAAAAUAAUGUCUUUAUAAUAGAUGAUAAAAAAAAGAUUAAGAUAAAUGAUGGCAUAUCAUUUCAUUUUUUUACAAGUCAAACUCCUUGUGGAGAUUGUUCUAUAUUUUUAAAAGAAGAAGAUAAUGCACCUCCAAUAAAAAUUAAAAAAUAUAAUCAUAAUAUCGAAAUAGAAAUAAAAUCUAAUGUCAAUGAAAAAAAAAAACAAGUAAUUAAAGAUAUAUAUAGAACAGGUGCUAAAUGUGUUAAAUCUGAAAAAUAUCAAGAUCCUCAUCUACCUGGAAUAAAUUACCAUGUAGUUGGGCCAUUACGAACUAAACCGGGACGAGGAAAUCCUACUCUUAGUUUGUCUUGUUCAGAUAAAAUAGCAAAAUGGAAUUUACUUGGAAUACAAGGGUCAUUUUUAUCAAUACUGAUACCUCCAAUAAAAUUGGAAACUAUUAUAGUGGGAGGUAAUUCUCCUUUUUCUUUAGAAGCAAUGGAACGUGGAUUAUAUAAACGAUUCAAUUCAGAAAUAUACAAAUUAAAAAUUAUACAAAGUAAACAUUUUUUUAAACAGCAAAAGAAUUCCGAAAGAAAAAAUCCAUGUCCAUCCAGUAUAAUAUGGUGUGCUGUAAGAAAUCGUGAUACUGAAAUAGCAGUUGAAGGUAGAAAACAAGGAGCUACGAAAAAAAAAAAGGGUAGCAAUUUACUUAUAAGCAGACGUGCACUUUUUGAAACUUUUUUACGAACUUGUGAUAAAUAUCAACAUUCUGAUUGUAAUAUAAGACAUCCCAAAAAAAUUACUUAUUUAGAUUGUAAAAAAUGGUCUAAAAAUUAUCAAAGUUUAUGGAAUACAUUAAAAUCGGAAUUUUUUCAUGAUUGGCCUUCUAAACCAAUUCAGUUACAAACAUUUGUGUUAUAAAAUAUUUUAAAUUUUGUAUAAAUAAAAAAAGUAACUAAUAUAAUUUAAUGUAAAAUUAAUUUAUAUAUAUAUAUAUAUAUAUAUACGAUAAAAAUAUAUCGUAUAUAUAUACGAUUUAUAAAUUUCAAUUAUAAAAUUGAUACAUAACAAAAAAAUGAAUACAAUAAUAUUUUACAAAGUACGUUUAUUUAUAUUAGUGUAUCCUACACCUAUGCAAGUUAAAACAACUUGUUCUAAUAUUUCAUCGUUUUCUUUAAAUGGUUCAAUUUUAAAGAUGAUUCCAAAAAAGUCUUUUAAAUCCCUUAAAAAUUGUAUCCUGUGGGAAUAAUAUUAUGCAUCAUGUAUAAUGUUUUUUUUUCUUUUUAAAAUAAAUUCAUUUAUAAAAUACUUA